GCUCUAAUUUGAAGUAUCACUUAACCAAAACAAUGAUGGGUAGUGUUAGUGCCAUUGCUACCAUUUUCUUCUUGCUUUCUUCCUUACUUUUGGCUUCCUCUGACGCACUUGAAAGGCCUCCAAUUGUGGAUGGACUCUCAUGGAACCACUAUUUCAGGAACUGUCCCAGGCUUGAGACGAUAGUGAGAACCCAUCUCCAGAAGGUGUUCAAGAAGGACACUGGUCAAGCACCUGCCUUACUCAGGAUAUUCUUCCAUGACUGCUUUGUUCAGGGUUGUGAUGGGUCGAUAUUGUUGGACGGAAGUCCUAAUGAAAAGAGUCAACCGGCAAACAUAGGGAUAAGGCCAGAGGCGUUGCAGACUAUUGAAGACCUUCGAUCUCUUGUUCAUAACCACUGUGGAAGAGUUGUCUCUUGCGCUGACCUGGUUGUUCUAGCAGCACGUGAAGCUGUUUCUCUGACCGGAGGUCCAAGAUUUGCAGUGCCACUGGGAAGAAAGGACGGUCUAACCUUCAGUAUAAACGCCACAAGAAACCUUCCACCGCCGUCGUUCAGAACCGGCCAGCUCCUCGAAACAUUCGCGGCCAGAAAUUUCAGCACCACCGACGUGGUGGCGCUCUCCGGCGCGCACACAUUUGGGCGGGCCCACUGCUCCACAUUCUUCAGCCGGAUCAACCAGACGGACCCACCAAUCGAGCCGUCCUUGGCGAAGAACCUGAGCAAUACGUGUCCGAGUGCGCAGGCUCCGAACACGGCGGUGCUGGACGUGCGAACCCCGAACGUUUUCGACAACAAGUACUACGUGAACCUUGCGAAGAGGCAGGGCCUGUUCGCCUCGGACCAGGACCUGUUUAGCGACUCGAGGACAAAAGGGAUUGUGAAGUCCUUUGCUUCCAAUGAGAAACUGUUCUUCAAUAGCUUUGCCGAUGCGGUGGUGAAGCUGAGUCAGUUGGAUGUGUUGACGGGGAAACAAGGAGAGAUUCGCGCCAAAUGCUCGGUGGCCAACAAGGGGAAGGAGGGUUUGGUGGUGACCUCUGUGGUGGAAAAUGCUGUGGAUUUACGCGGUCACAUGUCACAUUAAGGAAUCUUCGUUUCUUAACUUAAUAAAUUAGUGAUCGUUUCUGCAACGUCU